AUGGAAAAUGCACUGGAGAAGACGACACCUGAAGCAAUGCCUCGCCGACCAGGACGUCCAAAGGGAUCGAAAAACAAAACACAAAAACCAAAAAAGAGUCCGAACAUUGGCAUACCUACUCAACCACUUCCAAUGCCACGCGCAAAACCAUGCGAACACCGCGACGCCCACAAGUUUUACAAAGAGACGGCCGAUUUCUGCUGUGGUGGUGGAGAGAUCUCACUCGCCCAAUCUGAAAUGCCAAAAGACCUGGUCAAACUGUUCACCGGCACGGACGAAGCUUCAGUCCAGUUCAGGAAAGAAGUAAGGACCUAUAACAACAACCUGGCAUUCACAUCACUUGGCGCACAAUACGAUCGCGAGUUGACAAAGAAUACAAAUAGCGUCUACACAUUUAAGGUCAUGGAACAGGUGUACCACUUGAUCCACAACCUCCAGCCAGGAGAAGGGAAGACUCCAAAAGGCCUACAACUCUACUUCUUUGACUCAGAAGAAGAGUUGAAGGCACGGCUUAGUCAAUCGCCAAAAAGGAUGAUCGAGGAGACGUUGUCGCUGCUGAUGGAUAUCCUCAAAAACAAUCCAUACCGAGAGUUCCUGAAAGACCUAAAAGACAUGCCAACUCUCGACAACAAGGUCAUCGUCCCCAACAUGAGUCCCAAGUUAGACCAACGAAGGUACAACCUUCCCAAGACGAAUGAGGUCGCGGCUAUAUUCACCGACAUGUCGAACGAGUGGGUGGAUAAGUCCGUACACAUCCAAAUCUACGACAAGUCCGAACAAAGAUAUGCCCUGAAACACUACAGUGGCUGCUACGACACCUGCUUUUCCCUCUCGGAGAGACAGGUACGCAUCUAA